UGAAUGUCACUCUUUUUCUUAUAUAAUCAAUUCAACUUCUUCCCUUCAAGCCCUCUUCAUCUUCUUGUUCAACUCCCUUAUCAAUCUUUCUCUCUUUGGCACAUUUCUUGCUUUCUCUUUCUUCCCCUCUUCACUCGCUCCCUUAUCAAUUUUUUUUUUUUUUUUAUCUUUUGUCCAUGAGAUACAAUACCCUUUUGCCUUUUUGAACCAAAGAGCAGUGCCCUACAAAUCAAGGGCAAGUAGUUGCUUGUUCAUGCCCUAAAGUUACAGAAUUGGAAGAAAUUAAAGAGCAUGAAGGAGAGUAGUGGGAGAAAGCAGGGAGCAGCUUCACCAUGUGCAGCAUGCAAGCUUCUAAGAAGAAGGUGUGCUCAAGACUGUGUUUUUGCGCCUUAUUUUCCUGCAGAUGAGCCCCAGAAAUUUGCCAGUGUCCACAAGGUUUUUGGUGCCAGCAAUGUCAACAAGAUGCUCCAGGAAUUGCCAGUGCACCAAAGACGAGAUGCAGUGAGUAGCAUGGUGUAUGAAGCAAAUGCAAGAGUGAGAGAUCCUGUAUAUGGGUGUGUUGGGGCAAUUUCAUCACUGCAACAACAAGUUGAUGUCCUUCAAACCCAGUUGGCUUUGGCUCAAGCUGAGGUGGUUCACCUCCGAGUGAGGCAGUCUGCAAACUUCUCGAGCCAUGGCUUCAGUCUCGCUAGCCCUAACAACAGCAUCGACUCACCCUCCUCCUCCAAGCUCAUGGCUUCUCACCAUCACCAUCUUCAUCAUCAUCAAUCCAAACCUCUAUAUGACAUGGAUGUGAUGGUGGACCAAUCUCAUUAUGAAGAGUCAUGGUGGACUUAGCAGCACAAUAUAUCACCAAUUCGGAUAGAAUAAAGGGGGUGUUUGGUGUUUGGUAAUAUUUUAUUAUUAAAAUAGAGAUAUUACCGUAAAAGAUAAAUUAUUUAAAAGAUUACUA